AUGUAUAUGCAAAACUCCUCGUCGAAUAACCUCUUUGGAUCCUUUAACAACCAAGGAAAUAAUGCAAAUAAAGGAAUUUUUGGAAAUGCGAACAUUCAACCCACCCUAUCGAACACGGACCACUCGUCCAUUUUUGGAGUUUCGAAAACACCGCAAUCCAACAAUGCGCUAAUGAAUAAGAAUAUGUUUAGUAUGAACACGGGCUCCACUGGAUUAGGCGGAAAUAAAGGACUCUACGACAACAUGAAUAAUCAAUCCAAUUUAGGUAACAAGAAUAUAUUUGGAGGGUCCAGUGUAGGAAAUAGUGCCAAUCAAGGAAAUAUGGGAGGAAGUAAUUUAUUCAUGAAUUCAAGUAAUCAGAAUAGCUUAGGCAUGAAGAAUAUUUUUGGAGGGACAACCAAUUUAAAUACCCCAGGAACGAACUUAGCCAAUAAAGGGAUUUUUGGAGGAAUGCAACAGAAUAAUCAAAGCUCUGCUCCAUCGUCAAGUAAUCUUUUUGGCAAUUUAUCGUCUAAUCAAACGAGCUCCGGCAAUAUGUUUGGGAAUUUAUCCUCUACUAACCAAAGUAAGGGAAAUAGUUUAUUUGGUGCAACGUCUCAGUCUAAUCAAACACCAGGAAGUAACAUGUUUGGAAAUGCAUCUUCAAUGAACCAGAACAAGCCCAGCGGUGGGCUUUUUGGAGCGUUGCAGACGACUAAUCAGGGUAAUACAAGUAGUAGCAUGUUCGGAAGUGCUACCGGUGGGAUGAGCCAAAACAAGGGAAGUACAACUCUCUUCGGUGGAAUGUCGGGCAACACGCCUACCACCGCAGGAUCUGGAAAUCUCUUUGGAAAUGCAUCUUCUAUGAACCAGAACAAGCCCAGUGGUGGGCUUUUUGGAGCUCUGCAGACGACUAAUCAGGGUAAUACAGGUAGUAGCAUGUUUGGAAGUGCUGCCGGUGGGAUGAGCCAAAACAAGGGGACCAGUCUAUUUGGUGGAUCCUUUGGGACAGCGAAUCAAGGAUCAACACAGAGUAACAUGUUUGGGAAUGCAUCUUCAAUGAACCAGAACAAGCCCAGUGGUGGGCUUUUUGGAGCGUUGCAGACGACUAAUCAGGGUAAUACAGGUAGUAGCAUGUUUGGAAGUGCUGCCGGUGGGAUGAGCCAAAACAAGGGAAGUACAACUCUCUUCGGUGGAAUGUCGGGCAACACGCCUACCACCGCAGGAUCUGGAAAUCUCUUUGGAAAUGCAUCUUCCAUGAACCAGAACAAGCCAGGUGGAGUUUUCGGAAAUUUGCAAUCACCCAGCCAGAGCACAACAGGUACCAGCAACAUGUUUGGCGGCCUGGGAGCGAGUCAAGCAAAGCCCGCCACGGGUGGAAACCUCUUUGGAGGAAUGUCUUCAACCCCGGGGACGAGUGGAACUACCGGGACAGGUAGCAACCUCUUCGGGAGCACAGUGCAAGGUAGCCAAAAUAAAACCGGCAGUAAUAUUUUUGGCACAUUGUCAGGAGGUACACAGGGUGGAAGUAGCAGUGGCCUUUUCGGUGCAACAACUUCUACAAGUACCCCUAUGGGAGGUAAUAAUGUAUUUGCAUCUUCCAUGACAACGGCAACAAGCCAAAAUAAAUUUAAUAGCAUAUUUGGACAGGUUGGAACAGGUGGUCAGAGUACAUCUGUAAAUUCUGCUACCACGGGAAUUUCCUCCACUCCAGGAUUAGGAGGAGGAACGCAAAGUGGUAGCACGGGUAAUAUGUUUGGAAGCGUAUCCACAGGUACGAAUUUGGGUGGGGUGGGUGACAGCAAGAAUAUAUUUGGAACAUCGUCUGGUUUUUCCUUAGGAUCGGGGAAUACGGGUGCGAAUUCCACCGCUGGAAUUGGAGGAGUGGGAACCGGGUUAAGCACAGGGGGAGUUGGACUAGGUAUGGGAUCCAAUUUAGGAACAACCAUGGGGACAAGUGUGAGCACCAACAUGGGUUCAAAUUUGAGUUCGAAUUUGGGUUCCAAUUUAGGUUCGAAUUUGGGUUCUAAUUUGACAUCAAAUAUUAAUACGAACUUAAACUUGGGGGCAGGUUCCGGUACCAAUAUGGGCGCUAAUGCCAGCGGGUCUUCGAGCAUAUUUGGCAAUUUAGGCGGAUUAAAUUCCAAUUUGGGUGGCAACACAAUGAUAGGAAGUAGCGGUUUGGGCCAGAAAAUGAGUACCAGUGAAGCAGGUGGAGCGUCCACCAGCCUGCUCCUCGGAAAUAAAAAUAUGGCAGCUAAUAACAGUACGUUGAUGAGCACGCAGAGUAAUCUGUUGUUAGGCGACAAGGGAAAGGUAACGAAUUUUAUGGCACAAGAAUUUAAAAGUGAUCAAAAGGAUGAAUUGUCUGGAAGUAAAGAUAAUUUGGACAAGUCAGUAGAAGAGUUAACUAUUAUAAAAAAGCAGGAAGGUAUUUUUGAUGAAGCAUAUGAAGAGGAUGAGGUGUUGAGCGAGAAGGAAUCUGAAGGAACAUUUUACAAUUAUAUUAAUUUAAUUAUAAAUGAUAAUAUAAACGAUAUACAGAAGACAACAUUUUCAUUAUUAAAUGAUCAUGAUUCCUUAAUGUGGGAUAAUUUUAAAAGUAAUAUUUUUAAAAAUUUUGUGGAUUAUUUAGUGAAUGCUAAACAAAAAAAAAAUCAAAAAGUUGUUAAGAGUAAUGUGCUAGAUUUGGAUCCACAUGAAUUUCAAAUUUUAAUUUGGCUAUAUAAUGUGAACGCAUAUAAAGUCGAUUUUAUUCCCUUUAAGAGUUUUUAUUAUUUAUUGUUAAGUGAUACAAAUUUAAAUUACUCGAAAAUUUUUAUCGGAAAUGUGGACAAAAAUUUAUUUCCUGGAAGUUUUGUUGAAGUGAAUGAUCAUUAUUAUAUGAACUCGAAGAACCAUUUCUUCAAAUCUCAGAUAAGUAAAUACCAGGAGAGUGACUUGGUGUCAAGUAGGGAUAGAAGGCGAGGCAAGAGGAAAGGAACAAACGGCACAAAUGUGAACGCCUUAGAUGUGGAUUCCAUUUAUAAGCAAGUUUUGAAAGACAUUCUGAAUAGCUUACUAAAUAUGAAUUUGUCUAUAACGAAGGAAAAUAUAAAAAGAAGGGAAAAGGAGGAGUACUACGAAAACGGGGAUAACAGCAACAAUAAUGGUAAUAUCAACGCUAAUGUCAACGGCAAGGAUAAGAUAAAUUCUGGCUCCAACUAUACAUACGAAAAUUUACUGCUGAACUAUUUGUUCGGAACGCUUCAACAUUUACAUGAUAAGUUUUACAAAAUCGAAAUAAGCAAUUAUGUUGCCAAGGAUUUAAACCAGAUUGAUGAAUAUUUUGUCGAUUCCAAAUCGAACGCCAUUUUUUCUUACUGUUAUGAUAAUUUUUAUAAGAAUGAAAUGGACAAGGAAAACUGCACUAUCCAUUUUUUCUUCUACCUGGUGAACAUAAUGUUUCGGUGCGGAAAUUACUUGGGGCUAAUACAGAUAAUUAAGGGCGAAGAAUUUGUGAAGAAUUUAAGCAUUGACAGUUACCUGUAUGAUUUUGUAAUAUUGCUGAUAAGAAUUUUAUUUUUAAUUUACAAUAAAAGUAACGAGAUAAGCAUUUUCGAGAAUAUGAAGGUGGAUUUUGACUGCACAGACAUUUUUAAAAAAAAAAUCAACAUGUCUGUGUUGAUUAAUUUUUUCCAUUCAAUUAUUUAUCUCUGCGUUAACAACAUUUAUGCGUACGACCUGCUGUGCGUGCUGUUCUCUGACAUUUUUUACAAAAAAGGGGCCAUGUACACUAAUAGGGAUAAAAAAAUGGAGAUGAAAAAUAUUUUCCAUUAUACCGAGGGGAGGAGCCCAAGCUAUGAGAGCCACCAUGGGGAGCAGGAAGAUGACGAUGAGGAUGAUCAUCAUCAUGACAGCCGUGUUGGGUCGAAUAGAAAUGACUACAAUAGGGAGGGUGGCCAUUAUAAGGGUCGUCGGUACGAUGGGGACGAGGGAGUAGUUCCCGGCAAGGAUUCCAUCAAGGGAAGGCGUCGAGAACAAAGAUCCAAAACUCAAUACAGUAACGACUACUACGGUGAUUAUAACGACCUCCCCUAUGGUAGUGAGUACGAUGAGUACUAUGGUGAUGGGUACGUGGUUCCCCGAAGGAGCGAUGGUACAAGUAGCAGGCAUCCUAGUAACCAUCGCAACGGAGGGAGACGACACAACAACGAUGACCUAAUCAAUGAUGAAGGGGGAAAUAGCAGAGGUAGGAGUCGCAGUAGGGGAGAUGCUAAUAGUAACAAGAAGAACCACUCGAUGAGGGGCUACUUCAGUAGCGAUGAGAAUAGCAACAACGGAAGAGGAGGGAAAGGGAAAAAAGGAAAAAAUAAUAAAAGCUUCUUUGAUAUGUUCACAAAUAUGUUACAGAAGCCGAAGAAACCCCAAGAGGAUGAAUUUGGAAAUUUCGAAAUAAAUGAAGAGAUAGAGGACAGAAUGAAGAGAGAAUCGGAACACAUAUGUUACAUCGAAUCUUUAGGAAUCACCAACAAGUAUGGCUAUAAUUUUGAGUACUGCAACAUUGAGACGAGUAUAUGGAUCGAGUUAACUUUGUUUCUUUCGAAGAACUUUGAUUUGUAUGGAAGUAAGUUUCAAGAAAAUUUUGAUAUCAUGGAUACCAACUUAAGUUUUUACAAUUACGAUGAUGAUAAUAAUGCAUUUUUAAAUGACACAAAAUAUAGAAGGGAAAAAAUAAACAGCAAAAUUGAAAAAUUAUUUAUUUGUAUAUCCCACUGUAUUGUCAACGAGAAUAAAGAAUUUUUUGCCAUUUGUUCGAAGCUGAAGGUGGAUGAAGUGAUAAAUAAUUUUAUUGUGGUGGAUGGAAAAAUAGCGGAAAAGGUUAAGGGAAAUAUAUCAAAAGUUUUAAAAAAUAAUUUCGUGCUUUACAUUAAGCUAUUUUACUAUCUCCUGCUAGUGGGAAAUGUUUACACGACCGUUGCAUUUUUAUCGUGUAUAUCGAAUAACGUACAGAGAAUCCUUCUAGUGCUGACCAUAUUUUUGCACAAGAAUGACAUUUUCGAGAAUGAGCAAUUGAAUAAUAUAAAAUUAAAGACAUUACAAUUUUUGAAAUUAAAAAAUGAUAGCGACUCAUUUUUGGAUCAUUCCAUGAAUGGUAUUAAUGACGAAGUUUCGACUGCUGCAGCAGCGGUGGAAGCCACGGAAAUUGUGGCUACCUCUGUAGCAGAUAGAAUGAAUUUAAUCAACCUGAGUUUGAAUAGUAGUGACCUGCCCUAUGAUUAUUUUGUACUUCGAAAUAAUAACAUAAAUAUUUUGUUGAAAGUAACAUAUCUGCUUAAUUUGAAGACCAGCUUAAGUAUCAAACUGUUGAAGAGCAUUGUGCAGGAUAAUCAAGACAUCCUUCUGCAUGAGAGUGUAAUUGGGCAUAUAAAUAACGACGGGAAUAUCCUUUAUGGCAAAUUACAUGAUUUUCUGUUUUUAUUUAAAAAUAAAGUAAAAAUGAGAAAGGACACAAAAUGCUACUUUUUAAUGUACUACGUUUUGUACAAGAAGAAACUUUUUCAUAAUAAUAAAUUAUGUAAACAUAAAAAUGAGAAUGACGAGGAAUACCAUUACAAGUGCAGAAAUUUUAAAUACGUGCAAAGCAAAAAUAUUAACACGUUGAAUAAAAUAUCCUUGGAUAACUCCAUCAUCAGUGUCCAUGGAUCCAUUUUGUACAAGAUUUCUCAGUUCUAUGCUAUCCUGGCGUACUUUGCCAACCAGAGGAAAAACUACAUCAUUUCUUUUAUCUGCUACUACAUUUUGAAGGAUGAGCAGAGCGCCAUAAAUUCCUUGAUAAGGAUUUACAACGACGAGCUGAUAUACUACUACCACAACAACGAGCGGGAGUACGUCUACAUUCGCAAGUGCGCCUUCCGCUUUUAUCACUUGGCCAAGAACAUGUGGCCCUCGAACGUCAAGUUGGAGUCAAUUGAAAACAAGUCCUACUUAAUCCUGAGCAUUCUGUUCAUGAAGAGGAAGAUGUUCGAAGAGGCCUUUAUAAUCUUUUCUUCCUGCCUCAUUCCGGACAACAUGUUGGAGAAACUGUCCACGGCAGAUUACUACAACAUCGAUUUAUCUUCCAACUUUUUGAUGACUCUACGGGAGCUGUGUCGACAGAACUAUCAGAUAAGCGAACUUGUAGGACAGAGCACCCUUCACGCAGUCGUUAAAUUUCUGUUGCCCAUCAAGGACAAGUUGGAUGCUCAAGUUGUGGAGAGCAUCAACUAUCUGAGCACAUUAAGCUAUUAA